AUGACAUGCCACAACUGCAAAAAGGUUGGCCACCUCUCAGCGGUCUGCACAGCAAGAUCGCAUGACGAGUCAAGCAGCGUCAAGAAAGAUGGGAAAGCUGCGCGAGACUAUCAGAACUCGCCAGGACGACGGUCGAAAAAGGCGCCAUCGGCGGUUCCAGUUCACAGCCUCGACGACACCAACGAUCAGGACAGUGACGAUGAUCCCCCAACGUACAAUAUGUGGCAACUGAAAGCAUCUCAGGCUCAAGUCAUCCGCCGCUUACUGAUGUUGUCUGAAGAUGUAGAGACUAAUCCGGGUCCUGUUACCUCAAGUGAAAUCCUAAGCGAAUUGCAGAAGCUGUCUGCAGGUCAAACUAAACUCAUCGAGGAGGUAAAGGGCCUAAAAAGUCAGCUGCAGACAACCGAUAGGACUAUAUCGGACCUAGGCAGGCGGAUGACUGACCUGGAGGGUCAUUACCGAGUCCUUUCCACGCUACGUGCUGAGGUGGAGGCCACGGUGACCAGGGCCGUCCACGCGGCUCGUCAGGUCUCUGACCUUGAGGCCCGGGUGGACGACACUGAAAAUCGAUCCCGACGAAAGAAUCUAAUAUUUUAUGGUGUGCCCGAUCCCUCACCUACAGAGACUUUUGCCCAGUCCACACAAAGAAUCAUUCGCCUUUGCUCUGAACUUUUUGAUGUAACAUUAGACUCGAAAAAAAUAGAACGUGCCCACCGCCUCGGGCGUUAUUCGGUCGAGCGUCCACGACCAAUAAUAGUGAACUUCUCCUUUUUCAAAACUAAAGAAGCCAUCCUUUCAAAUGGCCGUAAACUAAAAGGUACUAACUUCAGCAUGGGCGAAGAUUUUUCCCGCUCAGUUCGCAACGCACGGAAACACCUCCUUGCCUUUGCUAGAAGCAAAUCUGCUCCCUUUUCUUUGCGCUGCAAAACACUGCUCAUCGGCUCAAAACGUCACGUUUUCGAUGAAUCAUGCCAAUCAGUCAAAGAAAUCUCGUAG